UCUCUAAACAACUUCAGACCAUUCUUUACCGUUUAUUGUAUAUAUGGAGUAUGUAUGGCAUGAUUUGAUCGUAGGUGUACAGCCUUUUUCGUGAUCAGAGUACAGAAGGAUCUGCAUACAGAUAUCAUCCGUAUGAUAGAAAGGACAAUUGAAAACGUAAUAAAAUUUAAUAUAUUAAGAAAUUCGGAAAGGAAAAAAAUAUUUAUUUUAUAAAAAUAUAGUUGAUCUUUGAAAUCAGUGAAAGAUGCAGGAAUCUCAACCGAAAAAAGGGAAAAAGGCAAGAAGAAAGCGUAAUGAUAGUGAUGAGGACAUUGAGAAAGUUCUAGCAGAAUUAGAAUUGGAAUAUUCCGGUCAAAAAGCAUCUGUCAAAGAGGUUAAAGAUAUAAAGGAAAUAAAAGAAAUUAAAGAUGAUAAGGAAGUUAAAGAUGAUUCGGAACAGAAAAUAGAUGAGGAUAAAAAGAAGAAAGCAAAGAAAGAUAAGAAAAAGGAUAAAGGUGAAAGUAAGGACAUAAAGGAAGAAUCAAAAAAUGAUAUUAAUAAUGAAGCGGCCAUUGAUGAUGCAAUUAUUACCGGCGAUGACGAUAUGGAAGGUGGUACUGUAAAAACUGCAGCCCAAAAGAAAAAAGAAAAGAAAGAACGAGAGAAGCAAAAGAAGUUGGCUUUAAAAAAAGCAGAGGCUAUUAAGAAAGCCGAAGGCGGAGAGAUAACGAAAAAGCCUGAGAGUAAUGAAAAAUUAAAUGAAAAAAAUGUCGAAGAGAAAGUAUCUAAUGUUGCAGAAGCUGAAGGAGAUACGGGUGAAGCUGAGGAUGGAAAGAAAAAGAAGAAGAAGGGUGCUAAAGAAGAUGCUAAAGAAAAAGCUAAAGGACCCGGUAAGAAGACUAUUGCUGCUAUGCAAGAGGCUUUAAGAAAAUUAAAGGAGGAAGAGGAACGAUUAAAACGAGAGGAGGAAGAAAGGAUAAGACAAGAAGAAUUACGUGAGAAAGCUAGAUUAGAACAACUUCAAUUGGAACAGGAACGAAAGGAAAGGAAAAAAUUGAAGGAAAAGCAAAGGAAAGAAAGAUUGAAAGCCGAAGGAAAGCUUUUAACAACGAAACAAAAACAGGACAGAGCUAGAGCACAAGCUAUGAUCGAUGCUCUUAAAGCUCAAGGUUUAGAUUUACCUGAUGUGGGAGAUAAAAAGCCUAGAGCAGGUACAAGAAUAAGACAAAAUAAAAUAAAGCAACAAGUUAGCGUGGAAGAGAAAGAUGAUAAAAAAUUAGAGGAUACAGAAACUGAUACGGAUCGCGUUCAAGUUGAAAUAGUUGAUCAAACGCCGAAGGAUGUUAGUGAGAAAAAAGAAGAGGAAGUAAAGGAUUCUUGGGAUGCUGAAAGUAGCGGCGAUGAACAGGAAGAAGAAGACAAAUCCGAUGAAGCAUCGAAAACGCCUGAGGAAACUAAGGAAAUGAUUUUACCCGAUCAAGAGAAGUCACAUUUGGAAGUAGAUUUAGAUAAGAAAGAAACGUCAGAAAGUGAAUCCGAAAGUGAAAGCGAGAGUGAAUCAGAAUCUGAAGAUGAGAGCGAGGAAGAUAGUGGAUUGGAAGAUAAGGUACCGGAUGCGGCACGUAAGAAGGAACGUGCCCAAGAACGUAUACAAAAUCGUCGAAUCGAAGCGGAAAAAAAGAAAUCGUUAGAUAAUUUGAGAGCAGCUGUUGUUUGUGUAUUGGGUCAUGUAGAUACCGGAAAAACAAAGAUCCUCGAUAAAUUAAGGAGAACCAAUGUGCAAGACGGUGAGGCAGGUGGUAUUACGCAACAAAUUGGUGCUACCAAUGUGCCCAUUGAUGCGAUACAAGAAUCAACGAAACAUGUAAAGGGUUUCGCUGAUAAAAUAUUUAAGAUACCGGGACUAUUGAUAAUAGAUACGCCUGGUCACGAAUCCUUCAGUAAUCUCAGAAGUCGAGGAUCUUCUCUCUGCGAUAUAGCAAUUUUAGUAGUUGAUAUUAUGCACGGUUUGGAACCACAAACGAUCGAAAGUAUAAAUCUAUUGAAAGCUAAGAAAUGUCCAUUUGUUGUUGCCCUUAAUAAGAUCGACAGGUUGUAUGACUGGCAAACGAUGAAUCGAAAGGAUGUUCAAGAUAUUAUUAAAAGUCAGGCCAUUAAUACGCAACGAGAAUUUGAGAAACGUUCGAAAGACGUUAUAGUGCAAUUUGCCGAGCAGGGCCUAAACGCUGCAUUGUUUUAUGAAAAUCCAGAUCCACGUAGUUACGUGUCCUUAGUUCCUACGAGUGCCAUAACAGGUGAGGGCAUGGGAAACUUGCUAGCAUUAAUAGUCGAUGCUUCCCAGGGCCCGUUAGCUAAGAGACUUAUGUACAGCGAAGAGCUUCAAGCUACUGUACUAGAGGUUAAAGCAUUACCUGGCUUAGGAACUACGAUAGAUUGUAUUCUAGUCAAUGGUAUGUUGAAGGAAGGUGAUACAAUGAUAGUCGCGGGAACAGAUGGACCUAUAGUUACACAAAUUCGUUCACUUCUUAUGCCGCAACCAUUAAAAGAGUUGAGAGUAAAGAAUGCAUAUAUCGAGCAUCGCGAAGUUAUGGCUGCGCAAGGUGUCAAGAUCGCUGCGAAGGAUUUAGAAAAAGCUAUCGCAGGAUUGAAUCUUCAAGUCGCACAAAAACCAGACGAGGUCGAUGUCCUUAAAGAAGAAAUAUCUAAAGAACUCAGCAGUGCUCUUGGAAAUAUAAGACUUGCCGAAAGGGGUGUAUAUGUCCAAGCAUCAACAUUGGGUGCCCUUGAAGCAUUGUUAGAUUUCCUUAGGAGCAGCAAAAUUCCGUAUUCUGGUAUACGAAUUGGACCGGUCGUGAAGAAGGACGUGAUGAAGGCCUCGAUUAUGCUUGAACACGACAGUCAAUAUGCCACAAUUCUGGCGUUUGAUGUAAAGAUAGAGAGGGACGCACAAGAACUCGCCGACUCGUUGGGGGUCAAGAUCUUCCAAGCCGACAUCAUCUACCACCUGUUCGACAAGUUCACAUCCUACAGGGAGGAACUUAAACAACGCAAGCGAGACGAGAAUAAACACAUUGCCGUUUUUCCUUGCAAACUACGUGUCUUACCGCAGUAUAUCUUCAAUUCAAGAGAUCCUAUAGUGAUGGGCGUUAUGGUCGAAGCCGGUAUCGUUAAGGAAGGAACGCCGCUCUGCGUGCCAAGCAAAGAUUUCGUCGAGUUGGGUAUUGUAUCGAGUAUAGAAUACAAUCACAAGUCGGUAGAAUCGGCUCGUAAAGGACAAGAGGUUUGUAUCAAGAUCGAGCCUAUACCCGGCGAGGCACCAAAAAUGUUUGGCCGUCAUUUCGACGAAAAGGAUUUCGUCGUUAGCAAGAUAAGCCGACAAAGUAUAGAUGCCUGUAAGGAUUACUUCAGGGACGACCUCUUGAAAACCGAUUGGCAAUUAAUGGUAGAACUGAAAAAACUCUUCCAAAUACUCUAGGACUCGCCAAGGAGCUCGCGAUGAUCCUCGCGCGCGCGAACAUAAGAAAAAAAUACCGUGGGCCGGAUUCUUAGGGACAACGAGGCAAUAUCCUUGAAGAAGAAAGAACAGUGGUAUAUUAUAUUCUACGACGAUUAUAGAACGGGAUAAUUAUUGUAGCACUCUAUAGACGAUAACAUCUUCGUCCUCGGUGAGAUAAAGAACGAAAAAAGGAAACGAAAGAAACAUAGAUGGAAAAAAGAUGAAGAAGAAUAUCGAUAAUGAUAAUAACAAUAACAAUAAUAAUAAUAAUAAUAAUAAUAAUAAUAAUAAUAAUAAUAAUAAUAAUAAUAAUAAUCGUCAUCGAUUACGACGACGUCCCGACGGCGAUUUCUCGAGUCGUUCGUUCAUACGUUUCUUUUUUUUGGGGUGGGAGGAGGGGGAGGGGGGAGAAAGGAAAAAAGAAAAAGAAAAACGACCCGCGUUGUAAUGCCGCAACUUCCUCUCGAUAUAAAAAUUCGAGCGAAGGAGUGAUUAACGGAAAGGAAAAAAAAAAAAGAAAAAAGAAAGAAAGGGAAAAAAAAGAGAGAGAGAAAAGAAAGAAAAGCAUACGAACGAAAAAGACAGAGAGAGAGAGAGAGAGAGAGAGAGAGAGAAAAUAAAAAGAUAAAAAAGAUAAAGAAGAAGAAGGAGAAGAAGAAGAAGAUUUUUAUUUCCGUCAUAAUCCGUCGUGUGUAAGUAAGUAAUUACUUCGGCCCCAAUCGUCAUCGUUCGAAGGUCAACGAACCUUCCCUUCAAUUCGUUCGCGUAAAAGUUCUCCCUCUGUCGAAAAAAGGGAGGAAGAAGAAGAAUAAGAAGAAGAAAGAGAAGGAAAGAGAGAGAGAGAGAGAGAGAGAGAGAGAGAGAAAGGAAAACUUUGAGAAUCUGAAAUAUAUGUUAAUAGUACGAAGGUGCGAAAAAACUUUUGUUAAGAAUGAAGAAGAGUAAUCGCACUUACGCGUUGAAGUCGCUUACGAGUUUUCCGCUACGAUGCGCUUUCAUCGUCAUGUCUUGUCCCCUCUCAAAGUUCUGACUAUUGGGACGAUUCCGUUAUAAUCCGAACAAACUCGUCGAGUUACUUGCAAUCGAUGAAUAUAUAUAUAUAUAUAUAUAUAUAUAUAUAUAUAACUAUAU